ACCGUAUACCCAAAGGCCCAUUCACCCCGCCAGGUCUCGACCGGUUUACGAAUACCUCCUUUGCGAUUAAUGCGACGCUCCCGGCAGCCGCCAGAUGGACACCGAGAACUCUCCUUACGAGCCCCUCGAGGGCCUUGUAAACCAAGAUGAUAACGCUAUUGGGCGCUCGCUAGAGUGGCUUCUGGCGGACCUCAAUGGAAACAACGGCUCUCUGCCUGCUAACGCCGAUAUGGAUACGGGACGGCAGCCAACGGCGCGUGGAAAGAUGAACGCUCGAGAUGAGGACAAGGAACAAGACAUUCCCCAAAUCGAGGACGAUGAAUCAAGCAUUUUCAGACUUUCUCAGCCUAGCUACAGGUUUGAGGUUGCGAUUCCGGAAAUGCCUAUUGAGAAGCGUAACGAGUACUCGGCCGUUCAUAGCAAUAUCGUCGAGUUCAUAUUUGGGGAGCUCCCGUCAAGUCGUGGCAUCAUCAAGUAUCAUGUUGAGUUUACAGAUGGGCGACAAGAGUUGAUAUCUACAGCUGAACUCGUUACCCUGGAGAACGGAAGAGUUGCAUUGGCCCGAUUCAGCCAAGGCCUAUGGCCACACGAACUUGACGACAUGUCUGCCCGCAAGCGAAAAUACAUCCCAGACGAUGAGUGGGAUUCUGGACAGGAGUCUGCUGUUUCUGACCGUAUGGAGAUUGAUGAGGAGGGGGAGGAUGAUGACGAAGAGCCCGUUCGGAGAAAACGCUCGUCCCGACGCCUUCGCUCUAGGGAGAACACCAAGCAACUUUCCCGUAGUCCUGCUGUGGUGGUUGACGAAGAUGAUCUGGACGAUCUACAGCCAGAGCCUUUAGGGGCCACCAGAUCGUUGAGAACUCGACAGCCAAGACAACUGACUCGUGUGUCCUUUAAGAGCGGCAUCAAUAGCCAAGACCAGGACGAACUGCUCGGAGAUGCCCCCCUUGUUUCGUCGGGCGAGGAAGAUGACGAUUUCAUGCCUAUGGUUGUCUCCGAUCUUGCUCCCAAGAAAGGACGUCCUACUAGGUCGCGACAAAAGUCGAAGCGUCUUAACACGGCGAGUAUGCGACAAAAGGCUCGAUCUCAAUUGCGCCAGAAGUCUCCUGACUCAGACAUUGAGUUUGAAGCACCUCGACGUUCCUCCAGAGCCACAAGGAAUACCCUGAACAUGCGAGAUGAUGCCCAAAUGGACGAGGAUUCCUUCUAUAUUGCCGAUGACAGGAUCCCAGGCGCUCCGAAGAUUAUCUCAAUCAGAGAAGUUUUUCAACCUCUUCCUGCCGACUCAGAAUUUGCUUCGAUGCACAUGGAUACCUGUCACACUUGCGGUGGCUCACGACAACGGGGCCAAAUGAUUCACUGUCAGGGCUGCACAUUGUCUUACCACAAGAACUGCCUGGGCUACCGCAGUGCUCGCGAGCAUAUGGUUACCAAGAUCGGCCAGGAUGACUUCGUCAUGCAGUGCAGGUUCUGUAUUGGCGUCCCAAACAAAAAGGAUGACAGUGCUCCCAGGCAUAGCAUGUGUCAGGCAUGCAAAUCUCCAGGUCGCAGCUGCGCUGCCUUUUCUGAAAAGAAGACAUCUCGACAGGAGGAGAAGCUUCGUGAACAGAACAAUGGCGUUGACCCAAUCACUCAGGUUCCUCUGGACCUUCUUAACAACGCUGAUGCGGUCCUCUUCCGAUGUACUUCAUGUCAUCGAGGCUGGCACGUUGAUCAUCUUCCGGGCGCUAGAGGCGGAACAAUCGGAACAGAUCUUAAGUCCGAGCGCCUGAAGGACCAUUCCAUUGACUGGCAAUGCAAAGAGUGUGCAAAUGCUAGGCACAAGAUUCAUCGACUCGUGGCAUGGCGUCCGACACCAACAGAGCUUGCCAAACGAGGCCCUCGACCAAUGUAUGCUGAGGUUCGAGAGGACGAUAAGGAAUAUCUGAUCAAGUGGGAAAGUCGAUCUUAUGCUCACUGUGACUGGAAGCCGGGUGCAUGGGUGUACGGUGUAGCAGCGUCCACGAUGCGUACUUCCUUCGGCAAAAGAGACCUCGAGCAGGAUUUGAUGAAACUCAGUGAGCAAGAGGCUAUUCCGGAUGAGUUUCUUAUGCCGGACAUAGUUCUCAACACCAGAUUGGGCCCAUCGGUUCCAAGACCAAAGACAAAAAAAGACGAGUUGGAGAACUUGGCCAACGUCAGCAAAAUCUUUGUCAAGUUUCAAGGCCUUGGUUACGACGACGUUGUGUGGGACACGCCGCCAUCAGAGGAUGCAGGCGAUAUUUAUGCCUCCUUUGUGGAGGCUUACUACGAGUAUGUUGAGGGCAAAUACUUCAAGAGUGAAUCUCAGCACAAGAUCAGAGAACGAGUCAAGGCUUACAAAGCCGAGCCGUUCGAGGAGAUCAGCGAACAACCUGCUGGCCUCAAACGUGGAAAGCUCAUGGGAUACCAAAUCGAAGGAGUCAAUUGGUUGUUGGGGAACUACCACUCAGGUCGCAGUGUGGUUCUUGCAGAUGAGAUGGGCUUAGGAAAGACUGUCCAGGUUGUAGGUCUUGUGACUUCAUUAGUCCAAGACAGCCCUAAGUGCUGGCCUUUUCUUGUCGUUGUUCCGAAUGCUACAUGUCCGAAUUGGCGCCGUGAGUUCAAACAGUGGGUGCCAGAGCUCCGAGUGGUUGCUUAUCAUGGCGGAAAAGAACCACAGGCACUUGCUUACAAGUACGAGCUGUUCCCCAACGGAUCUACUGACAUGAAGGCACACGUUGUGAUCAUGUCCUAUGAUUCAGCACAGGACCCCGCGACAAAGGCUCUCUUCAAGUCUAUCAAUUGGGCAGGGCUUGUGGUUGACGAGGGCCAGCGCUUAAAGAACGACCAGAACCUUUUGUAUGGUGCUCUUCGCUCAAUGCAAAUUCCUUUUCGACUUCUACUUACUGGCACACCACUCCAGAACAACAAGAGGGAGCUGUUCAAUCUUUUACAGUUCAUUGAUGAGAAGCAGAGUGCCGAAGAACUGGACGCAGAGUAUGCGGUUCUUGAUAAGGAGACGCUACCCAAGUUGCACAACAAGAUUCGACCAUACUUCCUCCGCCGAACCAAAGCAGGUGUUCUCAAAUUUUUGCCUCCCAUGACACAAAUCAUUCUGCCGGUCACAAUGACUGUGAUUCAAGAGAAGCUUUCGAAGAGUAUCAUGGCCAAAAAUCCCGAGCUCAUCAAGGCCAUGUUCUCUAACAGCAAGAUGAACAAGAAGGAACGUGGAUCUCUCAACAACAUUUUAAUGCAGCUGCGGAAAUGCCUCUGCCACCCUUUCAUGUACUCCGAAGCUAUUGAGGAGCGUCACCAUGAUCCCACAGUAAUUCAACGCAACCUGGUUGAGGCAUCGGCCAAGCUCCUACUUCUCCGAGUCAUGCUUCCAAAACUCCAGGAAAAGGGGCAUCGCGUGUUGAUCUUCAGCCAGUUUUUACAGCAAUUAGAUAUUAUUGAGGAUUUUCUCAAUGGCCUAGGCUACGAUUUUCGCCGUCUCGAUGGCAGUAUCAGUAGUCUAGAAAAACAACGCCGCAUUGAUGCCUUCAACGCCCCUGACUCGCCCAUCUUUGCGUUUCUGCUUUCGACAAGAGCUGGUGGUGUUGGUAUCAAUCUCGCCACUGCGGAUACAGUCAUCAUCCUCGAUCCUGAUUUUAACCCACACCAGGAUGUCCAGGCAUUGUCCCGUGCUCAUCGUAUUGGACAGAAGAAGAAGGUCCUUUGUUUCCAGCUUAUGACUGUAGACUCGGUCGAAGAAAGAAUUAUGCAAAUCGGUAAGAAGAAGAUGGCCUUGGAUCAUGCUCUGAUCGAAAGUAUGGACGACGACGAACUUGCCGGUGAUGAUCUGGAGUCAAUAUUGAAACACGGCGCCCAAGCCUUGUUUAACGAUGACUAUGAAAAGAAGUCUAUCCACUAUGAUUCUGCUGCUGUUGAUGCACUUCUAGAUCGAACAGACGACACAGAAAGCAAACCUGAUGAUGGGGCAUCGUUCUCUUACGCCAAGGUAUGGUCCAACGAUAAGUCCGGCUUCGACGCUGGACUUGCUACCGAAGAGACGGCUGAGCCAGAAGCUAUCAACUCAAGCGUCUGGGAUCGUAUCCUGGCUCAACGUGAGGUAGAAGCACAGCGUCAAGCUGAAGUAAAUCGGGAGGUUCUCGGUCGCGGUGGUCGACGUCGACAGGCUAUUAACUACAAGACGGGCGCCCUAGAUAACCGUAUCCCUGGCGAUGCUGAAGCUGAGCCGUCAGACUCCUCUGAUGACUUUGCUGGCGGUGACUCUGGAGAAGAGUCUGAGGAGGAAGAUCCGUCACUGGCAAAAGACGCCGAAGCAGACCUCCAAAACCUCCAAGCAUCGAACGCCCGUAACGCCAGACCGCAGCAAGUCAUUGGCGAACAGCAAAAAGCCAGUCGCAGGAGCCGGCAAGAAACACCAAGCAACCACACCAAACAGCAAAAGCAGCAGCCAACGUGGCAAAUCAGGAACACCCAAAACCCCAUGCAAAACUCCUACCGUCAAGGGAGUGGCCCAGUAAAUACCGGAAUGCCCAUUGACUUCACACGAUAUAUCAAGGGGAAUUACCUCUACCAGGGCAAAUCUACAGACCCUGUACCACCUGAGCGGGUGAUUCCCACCCAACCCCAUGCUCCUAAUAACCAAAUAGUUGAUUACAGAAACAUUCGCCUCCGCUCAGAAGCCGAAGUUAGAGUAGCCCUUGAUUGGGUCCAACGUUCGGAACCUGAGACUGAGGCGGCAUCAUGCACGCGGAGCUGGGUACCCAGUGAAGGAGGACGGCAAGCUGACAAGCAAGCAACCUUGGAAGCUGGCGACAUGACCAACGUCCUCAGUAUAGGGAGGCAAAAUGAUAGACAGCAUAGCACAGACGAAGGACCUUGGAAUGAAAACUUUCAUGAAUGCACACAUGUGCCUUGUUCCUCAUUUGAUAUUUUAGGUCAAGUGUUUGAAGGUAAGUGCCGGCAAACUGUCGCUGCAGGUAACCGCAGUCGUAGCCUCGUGUUUAUCGCUGGGCUUAAACUUCAUCCCAACACCAUCUCAGCUCUCAAGAUUAUGAAUCGACCAAGUUCUAUGGAUCUUUCUCAACCUUCCUCCAACAACCACUCUCAUGUGGUUGGAGGUAACGGUUAUCCCGUUCAAGUGUCUUAUGGAGGCUGGCAGCAGAACACUCAAGUCUCCCAGCUUUCUGCCUCACGAGGCAUGACAUCUGGCAACUGGAGAGGUUCUCGGCCAUCUGCAAACCCCAUAAACAGCACCGUCCCCGGUACUAAGCACUCGCUUAUGAGUUCUCCAACUCAUCCCUCUCCUUCCAACAGCGACAGCGGGCCUGUGAGCAUCUCUGAUUGCCUCAACGGUUAUGCGUACUGUGUGAAGCGACCUGACGGGCUGUACACAAGACUGAUUCCGGCAGACAUGGUCCCAACCCUCAUCGAGCUGCCUGCUACCCAGACAAGCGCCCAAGGAAUGGUACUACUUCCGGACUUGCACAUGCAGCCACCGCAAGGGGUUCCUGGGAUGAAUCAGCCUGUCACAUUCAAGGCUCCAAGUGGCCCAGCAUCUGAUAUCCUCCAGACCAGGAUUGAUCGUAUUGUUGCAACAUCACCCACUCAGCAACGCAGAACCAAGAUCUAUUGUGACAAAUGGAUCCACGACGGCACUUGCGCCUUUACUCAGCAGGGCUGCAAAUACAAACACGAGAUGCCCUUCGACAAGGCUACGCAGCAAUCUCUGGGCCUGUUUCAUGGGUUCCCCAAGUGGUGGCGAGACCACCAGGAAGAGCUUCAGAAGCACCGCAAUCGAGACUUGCCGGCCAGUAGCAACCAAGCCAUCCUUCAGCCUGGCUGGCGAGAUGAUGGCAACGAGGAUGUCCCUCGGACCGCGACAGUCCUGUCUCCCAUUGGCCCGGAGAGAAAUAAGAAAUCAAGCAAGGGAAAUCGCCUCUCUCAGACUCGCGAGGGGAUGUCUACUGCUCCGGCAUCCGAGAAGCGCUCACUAACAGGGUCAGAGACUGAAUGGUUCAUGGCUUCGCCAGCAAUCCAGGGCUGGAACGGAUCUUCGCCUCGCCGCUCUUCCGUCUCAGCUGGUCAUUAUAUUCGCUAG